AUGGAGCAAGUUGAUGUUACUGUUGUCGGAGGAGGACCUACGGGCCUCUUUGUCGCCCUCCUCCUUCAAUCUAUGGGAGUCUCAGUGCGGGUUCUAGACGAGAAGCCUUCAACACUAAGUUUAGGUCGAGCUGAUGCUCUCAACGCUCGCACUCAGCAAUACUUUGAGGUUGCAGGCAUCUUGGAUGAACUACUACCAGUUGGUCUCAAAUGCAAUACAAGUUCAACAUUUAAAGAGGGCAGUUUCAAGUCCCGUCAGAAUGAGUGGUGGGUUGGAAUUGAGCAUGCCCUUCACAAGAACUUUCUCAUGAUAGGGCAACCUGUCGUUGAACAGGUCAUGCGCAAUCGCCUCGCCGACUCAGUCAGCUACAAUCAGCACGUCACAAGCAUUGUUGAGGAUGAGGAAUUUGUUGAGGUUACCACAAAUUCCGGGCACAAGGUCCGCAGCAAGUAUGCGGUCGGCGCUGAUGGUGCACGAUCCUUUGUGAGAAACACCUUGGGCAUUAGCUUCACAGGUACCAAGCCCGAGAUGACCUGGGCGGUUCUGGAUACUUUUCUGGCUACUGAUUUUCCUGUUUGCUCUGAAAUCAUCACCUUUGAGCUAGAUGGGGAGUCUCGUGUAGCGUGGAUCCCUCGUGAGAGGGGAAUGUCCCGUUUCUAUGUCCUCUUGAAAGGUGAAAUCAGUCAGCAGUUGGCUGAAGAUUCAAUCAGACAGCAUCUCGCUCCUUACCGAGUUGAGUUCCCAGAAACAGAAUGGUUCAGCACGUUCACUGUGAAGGAGAGACUUGCCGGAGAUUUUAUCUCAAAGAAUGGCCACGGCAGGAUCAUACUUGCAGGAGAUGCCGCACACGUCCAUUCAGUCAAUGGUGGUCAAGGCUUGAAUACGGGUGUUUCCGAUGCCUUUGCCCUAGCCUGGCGCCUAGCUUUCCUAGCAAAGCCGUCUAAACUAACUGCCGAAGCAAGAGAUGACAUUCUACGCAGCUAUGAUAUCGAACGAAAAUCUACAGCUGCCCAAGUCAUUGGAGUGGCUGCGGCAUUGGUCCGAGAUACGAUACACACCGCCAAGAAAUACGUAUCCACCAUUGAGCGGAAUGCCGGAUUUAUUACAGGUAUGGGAGUCGAUUAUGGGCAGUUUUCCACUCCCCUUGUGCAAGGCGUUGAGCAUGGAAUUUGGAAGCCAGGGUAUCGCUGUCCUGACGUAAUUAUUACUAAAGGAUCUGGCGAAGCCACGCGGCUUUAUUCAAACGUGUCGUACGGAAACUUUAUUGUCUUAUCAAUCGGAACGCAUCUCGGUACUCAACCGGUCUCGGCUACCAUCUAUACCAUUCUACCCACGGAGACGGCCGGUGGCACUCAAGAAUGUAACGAGGGUAAGGAUUGGGAUAAAACCUUCACUGCUGAUUGGGUUGAGGCAAAUACUUCACAUGUUGUGGUAGUCCGGCCCGAUAUGUACAUCGGCUGUGUAAGCAAUGGGGUUAAGGAUGAGGCUUGGAGAGCCUAUUUGGAACAGUAUGACAUCAAGUCUCAAUAG